UUCUGUAAUUAAUUAAUUGAUUAAUUAAUUACCUUUUUGUUGAUUAAUUUCUUGUUUUGAUUGGAGUUUGGAGGAGUUUGUCAAUGGCUCAUUUGGGUGAAAGACGAGGCUCGGGCCGCUCCAGAUCCAGGAGUGCUGCUGUCUCUCAGACGGAUGAUCAGGAGCUUGAGAGACGUGGCUCUGGUGACGGCCUGCCUGGAUACAUCGCACCUCUGCCUUCAGAGUUGGCCGUUUCUGUGUCCACAGAUCAGCCUCACAGGAAGAGGAAGUGGCAGAGCGGCAGCCAGGAGGAUGAGCAUCCGUCUCCUUCAUACAGAAGAGCUGCCAAACGCUCCCGCAGAGAAGCGUAUGUGAAGGGCCCAUUGCUGGGGCGAGGAGGAUUCGGCUCUGUGUAUGCUGGGACCCGCAGGUCUGAUGGACUGCCAGUUGCCAUCAAGUACGUCUCUAAACGAGGAACACAGAGACUGAGAGUUGAAGGUCAGGGUCGGCUGCCGCUGGAGGUGGCGUUGAUGACCCUGGUCAAUUCGGCUCCUGCCUGCCCCAACGUCCUGAAGCUGCUGGAGUGGUUUGACCGUCCCAGACGCUACACCAUGAUCCUGGAGCGCCCGCUUCCUUGCCAAGAUCUGGAGAGUUUCUGUGAGGAGAACGGACGCCUGGAGGAGAGUCUGGCCAAGAAAGUGCUGCUGCAGCUGAUCACGGCGCUGAAACACUGCGAGAGCCGUGGAGUCCUGCACCGGGACGUCAAACCAGAGAACCUGCUGAUCUCCACAGACUCACAUGACAUCAAGCUGCUGGACUUCGGCUGUGGAGAUCUGCUGAAAGACUCGGCCUACAAACACUUUGCAGGCACUCUUCAGUACGCCCCUCCUGAGUGGUUUCGGCAUCACCGUUAUCAUGCGGGACCGGCUACGGUUUGGUCAGUGGGGGUGACGCUCUACAACAUCCUGUGCAGCUGUUUCCCCUUCAGAGGCGCAUUGAGGGUCACCUCCAAAAGCAGACUGCUCUUUCCUAGAGAGCUGUCAACAGGCAAGAGACAGAAAUCAGGUCCAGAUCCAGGAAUCGUUGACUGGAAGUCUGUCGGUCCAGAUGUGAGGUGUGAGGGCUGCAGAUGCAUCUACAAAAACACCACUGGAUACUGUGGCCAUGAAACGAAGGGGGUCUUCACAGCGUUCUGUUCAGAAGAAGAGCUUGCUGGCUUCUGUUCUAUAGACUGCUACUUCCGCAUAAAUGAAUGAAUGAAUGAAUGAGUGGUUUAUUUAUUUAUUUAUUUUAUUUGACUUGAAUUGGCA